AUGGUCCCUGACCUCCGUGCACCUCAGGCUUAUUCACUCAGGUUUGUGUCGGUCUGCCGUGAGCAACCGGGCCGUCUCCUCCCCCUCCUCGGGCGGAGUGUAGGCUAUAGCCGCGCGGUGCGUGUCUGGGAUUUCCCCCCCCCUGAUUGUGAGCAGCGCGGCAUAGGUUUGGGGUCUUCCCCGGAUCCUGAGCUGCGUGGGAACGUGCACCUUCCGCCGUGCCUAUUCCCCUCCUCUUGCUCCUCGUGCGUACGCGCAACCUCGGUUCGCCGGAACGAGGCGUGUGGCUUACGGCUGUCUUUCAGGCCGCCCCCUUGGACCCCGCCUUACGCGUCGAAAGAUGAUGAUUGGGGCGUCAUCACGCAGGUAGUGGUUCCCUCCAAAUUUCGCUCGGAGGUUCUCAGACUAGCCAAACCCUCCCAUCCCACCCUAUCCUUUACAUCCUAUACCAGCUGUUGGGUCCCCCUUUGA